UAAUUUUUCAACGAAAAGUAUAUAUAUAUUAGACUUAGCCUACCCGAUCUGCUUGUUCUUCAAUUUCCUUGAAGUUCGUUCUCUUCUAGCGUUAAGCUUUUCUAGAUACUAAACUGUAUAGUAGACAAUUCGUACCCAGGGUCAAUCAAUGCAUGAGUUAUCUAUAAUCUGAAAAAAUUAAAGCGUUUGAUAGAUUUGGUGUUUUCACAAGAUGCUGACUGCAGAAAUGACAAUGUAAAACCAGAUAGUUUGAAAAUGAAGGAGAAGCAUGUUUCUGUGUUACGGGACGGUUGCGAGAACGAGGCAUGCAACGUUUUAAACGACUUCACAUCACGGAAUGCUCAAGUCUUCAAUUUUCCUGAUUUAACACCAGAUUUGAAGACGAAGGUUGUAGAUGCCUUGGUACACCGACUUAAUUCCCAAGCCUCCUCUAAAUGCCAUGUCCUGUGUCUCAAAACUCUCCGGAUGUUCAGCCGGGAGAAGGACAAACUCGUCAACAUGGUGUCUGAACCCACCAUCGCCAUCAUGAUGAAAAUGACAGGAUUAAACCAUUAUGCUGUUGAGGAAGGAGAUCUUGUUGAAAUACAGAAUGGAGAUCCCGAGGUGAUGCUAGAGGCAUUGAAAUGUCUGUGUAACCUGGUUUUCAACAGUCAGUUGGCCCAAAGAAUCUGCAGUAAAAAUGGAUGUGUUGAAGGGAUUGUCCAGAGACUGAAAACAUACAAAGAUCCUGCACUACCACAUGAAAUCAAGUUCUUCGAUAUGAGGCUUCUCUCCUUAUUGACAGCCUUAUGUGAAGAGACCAGACCCAAGGUCCGUUAUGAGUUGCAUGGUUUUACAUAUCUGAUGGAGGUGGUGGACUUGUCCGUGAAUGAAGCAGGUGAACGUGGACUGAGGGACAAGGAAGUCGAUCUGUGCUGUGAAAUCCUAAAAAUUCUCUUUAAUUUGUCCCUAGUCAGAAGUAACAUGGAUGAGGAGGAAGAGGCCCACUUUAUGAGACUGGUGUGUGUUCUGAAAGAACUCCUGUUGUGUAAAACAAAAUCCAGAGACAGAAUGGAAGAACUCCAAAGUAUGACUGUAAACCUGCUGACCAACAUUCCAUACGACUGCUACGAGGAGUUGUUAACUCCCUUGAAUGAGGAUGACGAGGAUAUCGGUGUGGAAAAUAAAGAAGCAGAGUAUGAUGGGAAGAAUAUGGAAGCCAUACUGGUUCUUCUGGACUUUCUGUCUUGCAGGCUCGAUAAGCCAUCAAAAGCUGUGAAGGAUAGUUUGGCCCCCAUACUGUGUAGUCUGUGUCAGAUGUGUAAAGCAAACCGGGUGAUUCGAAAGUUCUGUCGUCUAAAGGUGCUACCUCCCUUAAAGGAAGAAGUGAAAAGAUUGCCAGAGGAGGGAAAGACUUUAAGAAACAAAUUGUGUAAACUUCUGACGUCUGCAUCAGAAGUGAAAGACAUGGUGGCAGAGUUCUUAUUCAUCUUGUGUAAAGAAAGUGUGGCCAGAAUGGUGAAAUAUACAGGGUAUGGUAAUGCAUCUGGUUUGCUGGCAAACCGUGGAUUACUGAUGGGUGGUAGGAGAUUGGAGGGUGACUACAGCAGUGGAUCCGAGGAAUCCGACACUGAGGAGUAUGCCAAACUACGGGAUCAAGUAAAUCCAAUAACUGGGAGAUGGGAAGAGGCGAAACUGAAUCCCAGUGACGAAAUGUCGGAGGAACAGAAGGAGUACGAGGCCAUUAGACUGGUGAAUGAUUUAGACAAACUACAAAGACAAGGGAUCAUCCAACCAUGUCAUGUCGGAGAGGAUGGAAAACCCGUCCCUGUGGAACACAUACUUCAGCUGGCAGAAAACAUCAAACUGAAAGAUGAAGAUACAGAUUGAUCCACAAGGCAGGGAUCUAACAUUUUUCAAUACUAUGGUAUGGUGUGGAUCCAAGUGUUGUGACUAAAUCACAGGUGCAUCUAAACAUGGUGUUGUGUUAGAAAUAUUUUUUCUGUUACCAAAUACAUGUACACUGUAUCUAUGUUUUCAUCAUUAUAUAUGUAUAUCUAUAUUCAUAUCAUUUAGUGCUAAAUCUAAAUCAAAAUUGUCUAUUUCUGAUUAAAAAUAUGAAGAUUAUACCUGUAAUCCUACCACUGAGUUCUGAACAGGUGUUUUGUUUUUAUUGUAUUUGUGAGCUACCCAUCUUCAUUCAGACUCUUUUGUAAUUGCAUCCUCAUCAAAGGACAUUAUCUUCUCACAUACAAUUUUUUAUUGUUGUAAUGCAGGACACAGGCAAUUGUUUCUAUAAAUAAUUUAUGACGUGUACACAUCUUAAUGAUAAUGAUAAUAAUUUUAUCAUUGGCAUACAGACAUCAUAACUUACAUACAGAUGUCAACUUAUUUACAGAAACAAGUGCCUGUGGCACAUGUGCUUAAUAUCAGCAUUUGGUUUCCAGAUCUGAAUAAUAAGUUGUGAAUUUCAAUUUAAAGAUUUGCAGGGAUACAGUGUGGUACAUGUAGCUAUGGUAAUUUUUGAGGCAAUUUAAUUAAAAUUAGAUCGUUUAAUCCUUGUGUAGCGAUAUACGUGAGCGGAUCAAAGGAUCCAAUCGUAAUUAGAUUGUUUUUGAGGGACUGUAUUUUCACCGUAUACUUAUUCUACAUGUAUUGGUGAAACACGUGAUUUGAGAGCAGGCCUCAGCUUCAUUGCACUGCUUGUAUAUGAUUCUUUACGAUUAGAAAAAGAAUUCUAUUUUUGCAAAUACAAAAUUUUACAAAAUUACAUGUAAAUCAAGUACUUGUAAACAACUCUAAAUUUACAGCGUUCUAAGAUGUAUGAUCUCCCAGACAAAUUAUUUUAAAGCAUUCAAACCACACUGCACCUUAACUUCAGUUCGUUGUUAUAAUUGAAUAUCUGAAGAAAAUAAGGGACCAUUGAAACGUUCAAAAAUUGAUAAAUAAACCAUGAAAUGCAUUAUGAAAGGUAAAACUACUGGGAAGAUGCAAACGAUUUUCAAACUUCAACUAGUCUAACAGGACUAAAACUAAUGCUGACUUUUUUUGUCAAUUUUUUAUUUGACGUGGAGUAUUUUUGUAUUUAAUAUGACAAAUAUUUCCAUGAAAUUUGAUUCUGGUAGGGCUUUCAUGAAUCAUUCUAGUAGAAAGUAAAUGGAUCUGAAAUUUCUAUUUUUUAUUCAGUAUGAACAAUUUCUGGUGUGUGGAGUAUUUGAUGUAUACAUGUAUAUGUUACUGUCUUUAAUUGUAUUAGGUAUUUAUCAAUGCUUUAUACACGUAAAACCGGCUGUAUGUGAAACAGAAGAAUUGAACUGAAUUUCUAACCUUAAUUUCACAGUAUACAUUGCAGGCCAUGCUUUAAGCAGAGAAUUAUGCCUCGUAUACUAGUACAUGUAUAUUAUAUAUUUUUUUAGAAGAAGUACAUGUUUACGGACGGUGUAUUUUUUUCUGUACUUUUCUUUGAAAAGAUAUUUAUUCAGUCUUGAGCAUUCUGUGCUGUACCAAUAAUUUGCCCAGUCUAGGAGAAGUGCAUGUCCUUUUCUUUCAGGGGCUUGCGGUAGUUCUGUGUUGUGCUGUGGAAUUUGGCCUGGUUUCACAGCAUAUCACUGCAUGGAAAUAGGCAAAUGUUUUGCUGCCAUUUUUCUUCAUAGAAAUAUACAGCAAAUUAUACUCGGUAUGGAGAUCAAUAUAACGAUGAGGGGACCUCACUUUAUUGUGGGGGAUUAAAUGGUGUAAUUACAUAUAGACAUAGGGAUAUACAUAAAAUCAUCAACAGUGGACAAAACUUAAUCUCAAGAGUUAUGCAAAAAACAUCAUAGCUAAAGAAUUACUUUCCAGCAAUUCUGAAACUGUUCACUGAGAAAUCUUGUGUUACAGAAAAUAGACUGUUUCGCAAAUCUAUAACUCAAAUGGGAUUGGGGUCAAGGUGUUUUAAUGAUGCUCUUAGAAUCAUUAACACCCCCCCCCCCCAUUCUAAACGUUUUUGAAAUUAAAAACAUGUCUAUAAAGCAUAUGGAAGCAACUAAACCUUCAAUUUGUGGGUUUGAAAAGACAUCUGGCAAAUAAAUUCAAGGUCAAUGAAAUUUUGUUUGGUCUGCUGUCUUAAUGGAAUGGGUAUUAUUUAGCAUAGUUUAUUUUUUGUAUUAUAUUUUGUGUUACAAUAUAUCAUGUACAAGUCGCAUCAAAUAAACAAUUAUUGAUCAACAGUUAAGUUUUAAAACUUUGUAUUUGAAGACUGCAUAAGCAUAUCAUCAAGUGUAAUAUUAUAAAAAUGAUAUGUUAUGAAUUUUGUUUUAUAGUUUUAGUAUUAAUAUUUAUUGAGAAUAAUGUAUGCAUCAUCAUUUUCAUAAAUAAAUGCAAAAAAUUAU